AUGAACGGCAUCUUUCCAGCCGACCUCGCCGUUUACCUUAUUCUCCUCCCAAUCGUCGGUUACAUCUUCAUCAAGCACAAAUGGACCGGAUUGCUACCCUGGUACUAUCUCAGUAUUUUCUGCGUGGCGCGAAUCGUCGGCGGUGCCCUAGGUGUUCAAGACAGUUCUAGUCUCGCUGCCAACAUCAUCCAAAGUGUCGGAAUCUCCCCCUUAAUCCUUGCUGUGGAUGGAUUGGUGCAUGAAGCUCGAGUAUAUCGCUACCCAUCCAAAAACCCGCUGCUCGGCUGGUCCGUUGUCAUCGGCACAACAGGCACCAUGGGGGUUGCCAUGGCCCUCUCCAUCAUUGGAGCACUCGAUAUCUACGAAGGCAAAGCCAAGCCGGAUAGCUAUUCAUUUUGGAAAGCUGGAUCGGCUUUGGUUGUAGUGCUCUGGGCUUUCCAACUGGUUUGGUCUACUAUCUCCAUAUUCCACCGCAAGGAAAUGACUUAUGCCCCGACUUUCCAAGGCAGCACUGCUCUCCUUCAGGGUGCUAUCGUUGCCCUCUUGUUUAUCGGAGUUCGCGUUAUUUAUAAUCUUGUUGCGGUCUGUACGCAGCGAAGAGACCUUAGUCCAGUCAAUGGGUCAAUCGCAGUGCGAGUUGUACUCUUGUUUCUUCCAGAGGUCUUCGCAACACUCACGCUGAUAAUUGUGGGCCUUCGAACAAGGCAUCUCCGGCAACUCAAACAGUCUGCAAGUUACUAA